GAUAAUCUUGUUGUUACUGUUUAGCUUCGUCAUUUCAUUGGUUCUUCCCACUUCCGGGACUUACUAAAACAGCGAAGUGCACAUGGAGUGCCGAAGCCUGUGCGAGACAGCGUUUCGUAUAUCCAACUGAGAAGGUUUACUUUGUUGUGCGAGGUGACAGCAGUCGAGGUAACGAUGGGAAAGAAGAAGGCAAGCGGAGGGGUCGGGCUGGGUAGAGCUCUGAUCAAGGAGAGACUUCAGGCAGGCCGAGGAAACAAGAGGGGCGACUCCUGGCUCCACACCAGUGAGUUGAAUGAUGGUUACGACUGGGGGCGGUUAAACCUGCAGUCAGUGACGGAACAGAAUUCUAUGGAUGACUUUCUGGCCACCGCUGAACUGGCAGGAACAGAGUUUGUUGCAGAGAAACUUAAUGUCAGGUUUGUACCAGCGGAACAACGAGCCGGCCUGUUAACAGCUGAGGAGAAAACCAGGUUGAAGAAGUUGCAUGAAGACAACAAGCAUUUUCUCAGAAUUCCUCGAAGACCUCACUGGAAUGAAAGCACCAGUCCAGAGGCUCUUCAGCAGGCAGAGAAAGACAGUUUCCUGGAGUGGAGACGAACGCUUGCACAACUUGAAGAGGAGCAGAAACUAAUUCUCACUCCAUUUGAGAGAAACCUUGAAUUCUGGAGGCAGCUGUGGAGAGUGAUUGAAAGAAGUGACGUUGUUGUUCAGAUUGUCGAUGCCAGACACCCUUUAUUGUUCCGAUCCCUUGACCUGGAGUCUUAUGUAAAAGAGGUUUCACAGGAUAAAGUGAACAUGCUUCUGGUGAACAAGGCAGAUCUGCUGACCAGGGAGCAAAGACGUGUCUGGGCCAGAUAUUUUGAAAAAGAGGGGGUGAGGGCUGUUUUCUGGUCUGCCCUGGCUGAGAGUAACCGCUUGGAUGCAGAGGACAAGGGCAUGGAGGUGAAUGACCCAGACUGUGAUGAGAGUGACCCAGAGGAGGAUGAACGGACAGAUAAUGAGGACUUGAGCCGAAGAGGUGCAGAUGGAGAAGAAAAGGUGGUGGAGGAGGAGGCAGAAGAGAGCGAUGAAGAGGAGGAACUUGUUACUGUAGAGGAGGAGGACUGGUUCACCUGCUCAGAAAAUGAGGAAGAAGUGGAGGAAGAAGCUGCUGAGUCAUCCAGUAAAGCUUUCCACAACUCCAGCCGACUACUGCACAAAGAUGAGCUCCUCGACAUGUUUAAGUCUGUUCAUACUGGGCGAAGAUGCAAAGAUGGACAGCUGACAGUCGGACUGGUUGGAUAUCCUAAUGUAGGAAAGAGUUCCACCAUCAACACUAUUUUAAGGAACAAGAAGGUGUCUGUUUCAGCGACUCCUGGACACACCAAGCACUUUCAGACUCUUUUUGUGGAGCCGGGCUUGUGUCUCUGUGACUGCCCAGGUUUGGUCAUGCCCUCCUUUGUUUCUACCAAAGCGGAGAUGAUUUGCUCUGGGAUUCUGCCCAUUGAUCAGAUGAGAGAUCACGUUCCUGCAGUCUCUCUCGUAUGUCAGAACAUCCCUCGUCACGUGUUAGAAGGCACGUAUGGUAUCAACAUCAUCAGACCCCGGGAAGAUGAAGAUCCCGACAGGCCUCCGACCUCUGAGGAACUGCUGAUGGCUUAUGGAUACAUGAGAGGUUUUAUGACGUCUCACGGACAGCCGGAUCAGCCCAGAUCAGCACGAUACAUCCUCAAGGAUUAUGUCAAUGGAAAGCUUCUGUAUUGCCACCCACCUCCACACAUUGAUGCUCAAAACUUUCAACCACAACACGAUAAGUUCCAGAGAGGAGGUGUAGAUGGCAACGAAGUCUCUGCUGUAACCAACAAAUCCCAGAAAAUCAGGAGAAUCGAAAAUGUUGUCGACAAGAACUUCUUCCACCAGGAAAACGUCCGGGCGCUGUCCAGAGGAGUUCAGUCCAUCAUGGGCUACAAACCAGGCAGCGGGCCUGUCGUGGCAGGUAAAGCAGGAUCAGAUACGAUGGUGGGAAAGCCUUGGAAAAAGCACGGGAACAGAAACAAGAAGGAGAAAGUACGCCGAAUUACGAAGCAUCUCGAUGCUUGAUGAGAUUCAAUUUACUGAUGAUUUCAUCCGAAGUGGAAAACUCUUUAUGUUGAUAUGUGAUUCCAAAGGAAUAAGUGCAACAAUGUAGGUCGAUCAAAGCUUCUCAAUCCUUUAAAUACUGAAAGGACCGGCUGUUUUUUUCCUUAAUGUCAGUUAUGGCAGUACAUAAUCUGUCUUGUACUGCUCUGGUUUGAUGAUCAUAGCUGAUGCAUUCCCUCAAGUUGAAGGUAGUUUUGCAGCCUCUGUUUUCUGGCGGGUGGUAACUUCAUCAUGAUUAAAAAUCCAUUUUUAUUGCAGUAAAAAUGUAAAUCAGUUUUCAUUAUACAAUUGAGUGUUGAAUGUUCAAUACUAAUUUUUUUCCUCAUACAGUUAUCUACUUAAUUGUGUUAAAAAAAAAUACAUGUUUUCAUAUUGGCAUGUCACUUCUUUACCUGAUGUGUACAGUAGUUUGAUUUCUGCAUCUCUGCAAUGUUUCAAAGGUUAAGAGAAAAAAAAAAUCUCCAAAAGUUUGAUUUGUUACAGUAUAAACUAUGACGAAGACAUCAUUUUUUUAAUUGAAUAAAAUGCUGCAUUUG